UUAUUACCUUUCUUCCCCUGAAAAGGGCGGUGGGGGGAGGCUCAUUUGAGAUGGGCAGCUUAAUAGAGGAUGUACGGUAUUAUCUCCAGUACACUGUAUAGUAAUCCACUUUUUGAUUUACAGGAGAGUCAGAUCUCGACAAAAUGUUCCAGUUGCCAAACACAACCUUUAUUGGAGGUGAAACAGAGGUGCUGACGCUGAGGGAAAUUGUUAAAAGGCUGGAGGUAUUAAUGCACUUUUUUCACAGUUAGUGACUAUCAUCUUAUAUCGUGUAAAAAUGGAACCCCACUAGGCGAAGGCAGUGUGGCUGAAAGUUUAGAGCACUGGAAUAAUUAUUGUAAUGCAACGGCCGUGAAUUCAUCCCGCCCUAAUGGCUAGCUGGAUUUCUGGAUUUUUAAUUAUUGUGCAAAGCUGUCAGUAAGGGUUGUAACUGAUAAUACCAGUCAUGACUGAGCUCACUUGAUGUUAAGUAGAAAGCUAACGGUGACACUUAAAAGUUUUGUGAGAUGUUACGGGUGAAUCUUCGUUUGUUACAGCUGCUUCAAAACAUAAGGACAGCCCUGUUGUUACCCCUAUAAUGUCUUUUUUGGAAGUGGAUAAAUUGUCGUUUUCUGUAUAGGAAGUCAGCUAAAGGCAAUUAUUGAUAAAUAAUAUAAGUACAUGUCCAUCAGUGAUUCUGUGAACUCUGUGUCCUGCUUCCCUGACACUUAAAAAUCCUCAAUGAUGCACAAAAAUUCAUGGCAUGCGUCCCUUAGGAUGCAAAGAUCGAUCAAUGGAUCUGAAGAUGUUUUUGUAGAAUAUCCUGUUCAUGUGAUUUCUGUGGCUGUUGUUUAACAACGCCUAGUUCGUUUAGCAUUCGUUGUGUUGUGCUUUAUAAAAGAGUGUCUUUUAUCUGUCUGGACACAUUUUCAAUUUAGGACUUAGUCCCGUGCCCAGCCAGGACUCACCAUAACUAUUUGUAACAAAAUCACUGGUCCAUGAAGGUGCUAUGAAUUCGCCUACUACUGUAAAGUGUAUUUUAAAUUUCUGACUUGUUUGGAACGUGGCUCAAUCCCUUUAGACUGUGCACCAUUCAUCCAACAAAAAAUUUUUUUCCUGUUCUUACAAAGAAACAAAGAAAUAAUGGUUCUUUUCUGCUCCUUUUUUGUGGAUUUUCCUCCAUAAAAUGGUGUUAUGAUAGUAUCGAUAAUACCAGUAUAAAGGAAGAGUAAGAUGUAGAUUGCUAUUAAAGUAAUAAUAUUAUUAAUAAUUAAAAUGUUUGUCUGAAAAGUUGUAAAAUUUGUUGUAAUGACCUUUUUUCUUCUAUUCAUCAUCAUCAUCAUUAGAAUGCUUACUGUGGACACAUUGGACUGGAUUAUAUGUUCAUUCCAGAAAAAUCAAAAUGUAAGUAAUAAUCUAUACCCAGAAUCCACCAAUAAUAUUCUGUCUUAAAAAACUUUUGUCUUACAAAACUCUGGUGCAACUACUCUUUGUUGGUUUGUUUUUAUUAAUUCUGACUUUUCUUUUCCUUUAUUUUAAUCUUUAAAAGGAAUAAAAUUAUGAAAAGAUAUAAGAAUUGUUAUUUUUCUCUUCCUUUCUUACUCACUUGUGAAUGAUUUUCACAUUAAUUUGUGUGGGAAAAACUGGCAUACAAUGUCAACAUUGCUUGUUUAAGCAAGCUUUCAUUUUGGAAAUUGCAAGAGUCAUACAGCUGUGGGCCACCAUGAGUUAUCCUUAGCCUUUUGUGACUGCCAAAUGGAGAGCUUUCUUGCAGACUGGACUGGUCUUGACCAUAUUCCAGAAGUCCCAGAUGAAUAUUGGUCUUGACCAUAUUUUAAAAGUCCCAGAUAAAUGUUCUAAGAGGAGUAUGUCUUCGAAACAAGAAAUUGUUUAGCCUGAGAAAACAGCGUCCAUUUCAUGAUUACUGGUGUCCCAGCAAAAUAACAUCUGAGAAACGAGUGCAGAAAUUCCAUACUGAUAACAAUGACACUACCCAGAUCUGGGUUGUGCGCUUGAUUGGUUAAAAAAUUUGUUUCAACCAAUCAGAAGCACUACCCAGAUCUGGGCAGGUACAUGUCAUCAGCAUAGAGGUUCUACACUCAUUUCUCAGACGUCAUUUCACUGGGACACCAGUAAUGGCAUCAUAAAAUGGCCGCUGUUUUCGUGGGGAAACCAGAGAGGUGGUGACACAAAAAUGUCAGCUGUUUUUACAGGCUAUAAAUUGUAAUUUCCCUAGCUAUUUUUAUUUUCCCAUUUUGUAACAUAAUAUUUUUUAAAAAUAUGACAGCCUUGCUGUCAUGUGAUUUACUUUAGGAACAAAGGAAUACACUUGAAGUCCUAAUUAACUUGUUUGAUGGACUUGUCCUUUUUGUCAAGGUGACUGGAUCAGAAAAAGGUUUGAAACUCCGGGAAUCAUUUCACUGGAUGUGGAGGACAAAAAAACACUGCUUAAAAGGCUUAUCCGCUCACAAGGGUAUGAAAUUGUGUCAAGAAACUGUUUUCACUUACAGUGUGCAUGGAAUUUAAAAAAAAAACAGUACAUGUACCAAACAGCCCCAUCUUCCUCACUUUACUGCAAGCUUGAAAUAGUAUGGGCGUCUUUGAUGCAGACAAUUUUGUCUUAGCUCUCGUUGAUAAGGAAUAUUUUGCAUGGUUAUAAUUAUCAUUAAGCUUUUGUGUGUAUUUAGGGGAAGUAUUUCAAGGUGUAAUCAAGUAAAUAGUGGCAAAGUUUAUUAUCCGUGGCGUCAAAUUUUAGCCACUGAAUCAGGCAAGGCACUGUGAAUGAGACAACCCAACAAGGGCUCAUAUUGGAUUGCCGAGUGUGGAGUGCAUAAAUGAUGGCGAACAAGGCACCUGCCCAGUUUUUCCUUUGCAUUCCUUUUUUUCUCUAAACAUACCACAUGAUAGGUUUGAGGCAUUUCUGGCUAAGAAAUGGAGCUCUGAGAAGCGUUUUGGCCUUGAGGGUUGUGAAGUGUUAAUUCCAGCAAUGAAGACAAUCAUUGACAAAUCCAGUGAAUUUGGAGUAGAGAGUAUCAUAAUGGGAAUGCCGCACAGGGGAAGACUGAACGUUCUCGCAAACGUGUGUCGCAAAUCACUAGAACAACUCUUUACUCAGUUUGACUCAACUUUGGAAGCAUCAGAUGAGGUAUGCAAAAAACAUCAUGGUUAACCCUUCACUCCUAGAGGUUUUUCCAAAAAAAUGUUGUUUGAAGUUUCUGGUCAUCGUCGCCCAGUGGUGCUUAACAAUCAUGUUUAGCUCUUAAGAAUUACCGUGAAAUUCCGAAAAUAAGCCCCAGGGCUUAUAUUUUUCAAAGGCCCUUUUGGAGGGGCUCAUUUUUGGAGGGGCUUAUAUACGGAGGGAUAUUUGCGUUUCAAAAUCGAUUGGGCUAGCCUCAUAGUUGGAAAUAAAUGUACCAUUUUAGCUUUGUUUUACUUUGUAUUUGAGGGCAAUUUUCCAAGUACAAGCCCCCGGGGGGCUUAUAUAUGGAGGGGCGAUUUAACGGAGGUUUUUUUGCAUUACCGGUUUGGGGGGCUUAUAUUUGGAGGGGCUUAUACAUGGAGGGGCUUAUUUUGGGAAUUUUACGGUGUGUUAACCCUAAACUCCCAAUAUCCACAUACAACUUCUCCAGACUGAUCUUCAUACAUUUACUUAAAAACUUAGUGGAGAGAAUUUGAUAAAAGAUCAAAGAAUUUUGCCUUAAUUGAUCAUGUUAUUAAUUCUGAUGGCCUUUUCCCUUGAUUGCAUAUCAGUGAUUUUGUUACCUCUAGGUCCUGCGUCCCUGAUGCAUAGAAAUCCCCAAAGACGCAAAAUUGUAGCUGUCAAUUUUGGUCCUGCAAUUACAUGUAUCUUAGUAGAUACAAGCUUUUGUUGCAGUGAAAGAUUUUUUGUUUUUCAAUAGGGAUCAGGAGAUGUGAAAUAUCAUCUAGGAAUGUCACAUGAGCGCCUGAACAGAGCAACCAACAAAAUUGUGCGCUUGGCUGUUGUUGCAAACCCCUCUCACUUGGAAGGUUUACCAUGUCAUUUCUCUUUCAUAACACUCUAUGUUUAGGGACGGCCUGUCUUCCCAAAUGAUUAACGCUCAUCUGCUGGGUUUUAGGAUUCCUUGAAAAGUCCUUGAGUUCUUUCUUUCGGGUGUACUUAAGUGUUAUACUUAGUGUUGUCUUCUAAAAAAAUGGGAUUAUCUUCAGAAAGAACUGCAGUGCCAGAUCCAGACCUUGAGAUAAGGGAAGGGCAGUCAUCCAGAUCCUGAGAUAAGGGGGUGUGGGGAGGGGGGGCGGCGGUCUGCCAAAAUUUUUUUUAUCCAUCACUGAAUUGUGCCCGGGUUUGUAUCAUUACCAGAAGUAAAACUGAGUUCAGACAUGCUCUCCAUUCGUCAUCUGCUUGACAAUUUGUGUUUGAUAUCAUUAGCUGUGGAUCCUGUUGUUGAAGGGAAGACCAGAUCAGAGCAAUUCUACAGGGGAGACUCUCAAGGGAAGAAGGUGCUAUUGAUUAAGCCAACGAACUAAGGCUGUGUAUUAUUUGUAAAAAGUUAUUGUCAUUUUAACAGUGUUCAUUUUGAGUUGUGCUUCUGCAAAGUUCAUCCAUUUUAUUGUGUAUUGUGCAAAAAAUUAUUCAGCUGCAGCUGUAGGGACAUGUUGCAUGUCACAAGUUCUCACUAACUUGGUACACAGGGUAUGCAUGUAAAAAUAAAUCAUUUGUAAUUUAUCACUAAUUAUAAAGUAAUUUAACUUUUAAUAUUUUCUAUAAAUAUUUAAAUUACUUUAUUGUAUGCUGUUCUUUAUUUAUGUAAGUGUAUAUUUAAUUAUUAAUCACUAUAGUAAAAACUUAAUCUAAUGUGAAGAGGAAGUCUCACCUAUAAGCCUUCAUGGCUUCUUGAGACUUCCUUGCCUUUUGAGAUUCUUUUCUUUCGAAUUAUGUAUAUUACGUGUAAUUUAAAGUUUUUUGUUUUCCCUUCAUUUAUAUGUAAAAAGGCAAAAAAUCAAUAAACAUAAACAGUAAACAUAAACACGUGUACCUUCUAAAAUGAGAUUUGAAGCCAUCAUCGACAGAUGAGUGUGGGAAGUUGCCUGGUCAAACAAAAAGAGCCAUGUAAGGAAGUGUGGAAGAUAACCAUGACAGCCAUGCCAGCCGCAAACUCCAGGCAGGUUUCCCAUUGUCAUCUAUUACCAAUUUAUUCACUCUGACAAUGUAUUUAUAUGCAAAGGUGAUGAGCGUUCUUAUCCAUGGUGAUGCAGCAUUUUCUGGCCAAGGUGUUGUAUAUGAGACAUUCCAUUUAAGUGCGUUGCCGCAGUAUACCACACAUGGCACCAUCCAUAUUGUUGUUAACAAUCAGGUGAGAUACAUGUGUUAUUGACCAAGCUUGAGGUCCAGAUGGCUGGAUAUUGGCCGAGUUCUUCAACUUGAGGACAAUGAAAAUGCAAAAAAGAAUGAAGCCAAUAUUCAGCCAUCUUUACCAAACAAGGUUGGUCAAUAAUGGAUUUAUUACAUGGCCAAAAAGAGAACUUUUACCUGCUGGACCAACAUGGGAAAUCCUGAGCCAGAUAGAUAGGCCUAUCUGGCUCACUCGGGUAGCCAAUCAGAAUGCAGGUUUCAUUUCAUCUUGCCUGCUCACGAAUUCAGCCAUAUAAUAAACACACAUAGUAUUUUUUGAAAGAAGUUGCUUGUGUAUGUUUGGUUUUCUGCCUAUUUUCCCCUGCCUGUUUACUAGGCAGUAGACUUAAACUCAGGACGUCUUGUUUUUUUGCCCAGGUUCUGGAUUCAUCAAGCAUCCUUAGGUUAAGAUAAUCCUCAGUAUUGCUUGUUAUAAAAAAGGUUUCAUCAAGAACCAAUACAUAGAAUGCUUAUUCCAGGUAUAAAUCAGUUGCCAGUAUAUGUUCUAACUGGUCAAUAAUAUAAAAUGGCAAGAUCAAGUUAGCUGUUUGAAGCACUCUGUUGUAAUUUCUCCUGGCAAGGAGGGGACACAUCAAGGGUUCAAGGCCCACUUGAGGAAGUGAUUGACUUAUUAUUUUUAUUAAUUUCUCUCUCCUUAGAUUGGCUUUACAACUGACCCAAGAGUGGCCCGCUCUUCUCCUUAUUGUACAGAUGUUGCUAAGGUUUGUCAUGAUUGUUGCUAAAAAAAAAAGUACACACAUGAAAUUAUCUCAUUAUGUCAUUUUUUUAGGACUGCAACAGUUCCUUUACACUGCAGUGAGUGUGAUCUGCCAUUUUAACCUAUCUUCAGGACUUCAGCUUCUAAGUGGACUUUGAAUGAGUAGUGUAGCAGGGGCUUCUCUCUCAGCUCUGUUGUUCCCUUUCAUGGCUCAAAGAGGGAAGCGUACACACACAUAUGCACGUUGUUUUGCUAGGCUCUUGUUCCGAUUCAUGGUUCAAGUAACAAGCAUAUACAUGUGUGGUGUUCUUGUUUCGCAGCUCGUUGUCUCGUUUCAUGGAUUAAGGAACAAAGCAUAAUUUAUAAUAGUGUAUUGUCAGUGUCCUUGUUUCGCGUGUAGCGUGCUUGUUUCGCAGGACUCUCGUCCCGUUUCUUGGCUUUAGCGUGCCAGUCUCGAAUUAGGGCCCGGGGAACUCAGGGCUUUAAGAACGAGUUAUCUUACGCACGAGAAAACUUAACACAGAAAAACCUGUUUUUAGUAGACACAAGCAGAACUAAAUUCCAAACCUACAAAUGGAAAUAAUUUCUAAAAAAAUGUUACGUACAAAAAUAGUCAUGUAUUGCCCUUCAGAAUGACAAAAACACCACAGAUCAUUAUACUCUGUAAUCAGUCAAAGUAAUCCUCAGUUCAGAUCAUUUCGUCAAUUAUAUGGUCCAUGGUUUUACCACGGAAAGGCGUUUUGAUCACAGACACUUAGUUUGCCAGCGUCGGAACCAAGGCAAAACAUACCUAAAUAACCACUUGAAUGAAUUUGUUUCUUGUGGUUUGUUCAAUGGUUUCUUUUUUCAUCAGGUUGUAGAUGCGCCUAUUUUUCAUGUAAACGCUGAUGAUCCAGAAGCUGUUAUGCAUGUCUGCAAAGUUGCAGCAGAAUGGCGAGCUGAGUUUGGCAAAGAUGUCGUCAUUGACUUGGUAUAGAGUGUUUUUGUUUUAGUUUUGAAUGAACUCGCUGAAGUGGGAAGACAACUGUCAGUUUUUCAUUUUGUGUUGUUAGAUUCGCCCGUACUUGCCAGGGUCAUCACAACAGCAUGAUGACAAUUACGCGCGGUUUGAUCUUCCAUCAUGUAAAACUUACGCAAAGCACAGCGUUGAAGCAAGAGCGUUGUGACCUUCCGUUGAUCUUACUCGCACUCCCUAACCUUUAACUAGUUAUCACUAGUAUAAUUUUUAUUUACUAUUAUUAAAAACUGAAUCAUUGGAUAAUCCAGUUCUAGAGCUCUGAUUGGCUUAGCCAUCAUGGUAUAUGAGCCAUUAUACCAUGCUUUCCAAAUAUGGUAACUGUACGCGUCCGCUCAAAAUUAAAAAUAAGCCGAAAAUCGGUUGUUUUUACGAAUGAAGCCGGGAAGAAUUCUCGAUAUUUUUCGGGCGUUUUUAAUAAAACGAUUAUUCCACUCGCGCUUGUUGGAUAUGAUAUGAUUAUAGCCAACUGAUAUCAAACACGCACUCGUGGAAUAAUUGUUAAAAUCUUGUUAAAUAUAGAACAGUGCUUACAGGUUUAGUCGGUAAGCUCUUAUGUUGAACGAUUUUAAGAACCUACUUCAUUCUAAUAAUACACUAUAUAGAUAUGGUUUUUAACACUAAUUUCCUUGUAUGUGUGCCUCAUUUUAGGUUUGUUAUCGUCGCCAUGGUCACAAUGAAGGCGAUAAUCCAAUGUUUACCCAACCAAUCAUGUAUAAAAACAUUCAAAAACAGGAAGCUGUUACAGAUAUGUAUGCUAAGAAACUUCUGCAGGAGGGCGUGGUCAAUGAGGAGUGGAUUCAGGUUUGUACCCCUAACAAGUUGCUGUUACUAAUUCUGAAAAGUCACACCACAGGAUUUCGUUGGCGGACUCAAAAGUUAGAACUACCUUCCAAAGAAAGAAAGUGCUGCUAAAGAGGUUUCAUUUGAAUGCACCCUUGGAGCGAGGAGGAGAAAAGGAGGUUCUACCUUAAUCUGAUACAAGCCUUUGAGGUCGCCGCAGCCCGAACUCGUGGACUAGUCAAUCUUAAUUGCUCUCGUCGUACUGGUUUUUAUUAGUGCGAGCAUCCGUUUAGUGAUAAACCCAUGGUCAUCACCAAAGCGCACGGAUAUUAGGCCUGGGUUGGAAACUGUAUGAGCCAUGCACCAUCCCGUACAUGCUUAAGAAAGAUCAAACUCGUUUCAUGCGGUCUUGCUUAAGUACGCCAAAAUCGAUCAAGCAAAUGAAACGCUUUGCUGGCAGCAUCAUUUGAAUGGUUAAACCACAGGAUUUCAUGCACAGACUUAAAAGUUAGCUGCUCAAUAGAGAUUCGUCAUAAAUAACAUAAUCUUUAGCAGAAACAUCACUGUAUUUUGAAACAAACACGCGACGGGAGCAGCAUUACUAGUCCACAAUCGAUCGUCACCUACUAUCUCGUACUGUAUUUCCCUUCAUCUUAUUCUUGAAAUAUAGCCAAACUAAGUGUAUCAAGCCCUUGAUGGCCGCUUAACUGGAGGUGACACUACAAUGGGAGAACUCUUGUUUGGACGGCCAAAAGGUGGCCGCGGCCGCUUGAUAGAGGUGGCGCUUGAUAGAGUAGUAAUUGACCAUUGUUUUCUACAAUUAUUUCGGGACUUUGAUUACUUACCACGUAAUGGAGGGUGGCCGUUUAAAAGAUGGCCGCUUAAUGGAGGUGCAACUUUACUUAGUAUACAUUUCGUGAUUGUUUUUCCUUUUUGCCUUGGUUAUUCAUUAGGAGGAGAAAAUCAACUAUGAGAAGAUUUGCGAAGAAGCGUUACGUGAAGCAAAGUCUGACAAGAGGGUUUUGUUGAACAAAGAUUGGCUGGACUCACCCUGGAAAGGCUUCUUCAAGAAGGGAUACACACCUUCUUUGCCUGUCAGACCAACCGGAAUUCCCCUCGAUACGCUAAAACACAUUGGGAAAGUGUUUAGUACUCCACCUGGUGGAGAUUUCAAAAUUCAUGGAGGUAAAAAGGACCUUUUCAAUUCGGCGACAAAAUUAGUCGAGACACCUUGCCCUUAAGAGCUUCUCUAACAGUUUGCCAACUUGAAAAAGAUCCCCAUCUCCUCCAUGAAAUGUUGUGCCGCUUUUCGAGCUACCUGUAGAAAACUGCAAACACCCCAACUUUGAAUGGAGGGGAGAGGAGGGGUUUUGAUUGUUGUGAUCUCCGAAGGUACCCCAUUUGAGUACAGUGUCUCGACAAUUUUGUUAGACUUGCUCACAAGUCAAUUUUUUGGACCGGCAAGUCGCGGAAAUGAGCAGCAAAAAAUUUUCCUCCCUUCCCUCCGACUGUCGACCCCAUGAAAAGGGACUUUUUAGUCUAACUACAGACAUGAAUACACGAUUCCUUAUUCCAUAUUUCCUUUGUUUUACGUUGAGGAGAAGGAACUAAGAAUUAAUCAUCGUGUACAAUCAAAGUAGAAUAUUUAUUGAUUAUUACAAUGUUCGCAGGAAAAUAGAAGGGCUGCCAGGUUCGCGAUUAAGUUUAUUGAUUGACAUUGAGUACCAAGGACGGACGAUGGCACUGGUGAAGAUUGCCAAGCUUUAGUACAAGUAGAUAAAGAUGAAAACGACGUCGUCACUUUUAAUUCGUGGUUUUGUAAACUAAAAAUUUAAAACAUCUUGUGGCUCUAGGGCCCUUUUAUGCUUGAAACUCUAUUGCUAAUGUUGAAUCACCCAAUCAGGGCUUCGUCGAAUCCUGAAGGCUCGUCAUGACUUAAUGGAGAAAGGUUAUGUUGACUGGGCGAUGGGUGAAGCUUUAGCAUUUGGCUCUCUUCUUAUGGAAGGAGUGCAUGUGAGACUGAGCGGACAAGAUGUGGAGAGAGGAACUUUCAGGUAAAAAUAGACAUUUACAGCGAUGUUGCUGCCUUGUGGUUUUAGAGCCCACGAACGGUAGCCUGUAAUUCCACCCAGCCAUUAUUGCUUGCUUUAACCACAUAUCAAUACUUAUGCAAAAGCUAAGGAGGUGUUUAGUGUUAUAGCUUGUCUUAUAUUCUCGACAUGAACCGUUUUUAGUAUUAGUAAUGUUUAUCUGUUGGAAAAAGAAAAGAGGGCUCUUAGCCUACCUUAUCUUAUGAAGACAGGAUGCAAAGCAAGCGUGGCCAAGCAAACAGGGCUCAGGAAUUUUAGUCUGGAGUUCCGGAGUGGAGCUCCGAUCCUGUCUUGCCUGCAAGACGUAUUGAUAACUUGUUAGUCCCCAGUUACGCUUGUAAAACAGCCGAGUGGUUUGUCUCCUGUGGGAUUUGGGAUUCUUAAUCUUCUUUUUUACGUCUGAAUACGAUAAAGGCUGAUGGUUGCCUUGUGUUUGCUUCCAGUCAUCGUCAUCAUAUUCUCCACGACCAAGAUAAGGACAAAGUAACAUAUUGCCCCCUGAAUGACCUCAGUCCUGAUCAAGCCAUAUACACUGUUUGUAACAGCUCAUUGUCAGAGUAUGCUGUGCUAGGUGAGAUUAGCGGUAUUCAUGUCAGUCUGUUGAGUUCCCCUCUCGAAUAAAUUCCCUGAGCAAUGGCAAGCCAUUGUCCAAUACAUUCCUACUCCUUGACCAAAUUACCAACGAUUCAGAAAGCAAGUAAGAAUUUGAAAGAAGUAGAUGGCUGGGAAUGAAUCGAAAUAGUGGCUCGGUCGAGCUAUCUGGUAAGCGCUUUUGGAAAACAGCAUUUCUUUUUCCGGUUCUAGAAAUGGACAGCGCUAUCUUCCACAUAACUCACUAAUUAGCGGACAAGUAUUAGCCUGAAACCAAUUGUUUUAUCCACUGGACAAAGAUUUACUUAUAUAACCGUAAGCUCAACACAUACCUUGGCAAAUAAUGUCACACAUUCAUCUUGAAUCUGCAUUUGACAUUUUCAGGUUUUGAGUUGGGCUUCAGUAUGACCAAUCCAUUUGCUCUCGUUUGCUGGGAAGCUCAGUUUGGGGACUUUAACAACACCGCACAGGUAUAACAGCAUGGUUUCCAUAUGGAAAAUAGCUGGAAAAAGUCCAGCGAUCAUCUUGUGGAAUCCAUCCUUAAAUAGAUCAGAAGUAGUCAUUGCAACAAUUUACAACCGUCGUAGCGGUCCUAAUCAUCAAAUAGAACCAGGCGUAAAGAACCACAGGGAACUGACAUGUGUCAAACAACUUAAAUUUUUGUUGUUGGCCUCGGAAUAAUUUGCAAACAAUCUUGCUGCAAGCUUUUAACCAGUCGGAAGCAAAUCACUUGCGACGCGAUGUCAUCGGCUAUUUUGCGUGCCUUAAGCUUUUUCUGGUUAAUUUUAGUGACUGUUAACACUGCAAGACCAGAGUACAAGUUAUAUUUUUGGGGGUUGUUUUGCGACACUUUCUGCAUUAAACUCACUUUUGAAAGGAGCAAAUCCAUUAUAAAUUUAAGCUUAGAAUAAUGAAUUGUGGUUGACUGCUUUGACUGAUAGCACUGUGGCGUUCUUAAUUUACGCGGCUCUGUCCUCUCUAAUUAUUUCUGUAUUUAUUCCGUUGAACAGUGCAUCAUAGACCAGUUUGUCAGCAGUGGACAGGACAAGUGGGUCAGACAAAGCGGACUGGUUAUGAUGUUACCGCAUGGCUAUGAAGGAAUGGUAUGCAAAUACUUUUUAACCCAUUGCUAAUGAGAUAAGGUUCCUGUUUGGAUCUUCACAUUUUCACCCACAAAAUCCCAUUAUUAAGUGUCGAAAAUUGAAAUUGUUUGUGUCAUUAUCGUUGGUUUUUGUACAGGUUAUGCUGUAGCCCAGGUGACAGGCCCGAGAACAGGGCGCGAGGAAACAGGGAAGGGUACUUCUCUCACCCCCGCCCAUACUUAAGGUUAUUGUAAAACACGCAACAAAAACGUGCAACUUGUUUCGCAGCAUUACUGCAAACGAGUUGAGUAGCGAUGUGGCGCGUUCUACAAUCCACGAAUUAACCUGUAUUGCAACAAGUCAGGUUGUUGCAGGUUGCGAAAAGUUGUUUCAGAAAGCAGAAAGUAGUUCCCCUUUAUAGCAAAAUCUGUGCACGUUCCUCAUUUUACCGACCCAAGGUUAACUUGUCUUGCAGCAAGUGACGUCAUCCCCUGGAUGGCGUGACUGCCUCGCAAUUUUAUCCAAUCAACUGUUAGUAUUCACGCGACUUGCAACAAGCUGAUUUGAUGCUAGACAGGUUUGAACGUGAUGAUAAAACGCGCGGUAAAUUUGCAAAACAAGUUUUUGCUGCCCGUUUCACCGUAGCUUUACCACACCCUGCCAAACUGGCUACACUUACUGUCGCUAUGUUGCUAUUUUAACGGAUUGUUGCUCAAUUACAGGGGCCAGAACAUUCAAGUGCUAGACCAGAAAGGUUUCUACAGAUGAGCAAUGACAAUCCUGAUGUCUUUCCUGUAAGUUAUUUUCGAACUUCCAAUCCUGCUCCAUUAUUUAGACACCCGUUAAUUGACGCUCAUAAGCCCUCCACAUCUUAUAAGCCAUCCCAGCUACAGAUCCAUCUGCCUGUAAACAAAAAAUACUUCUGACUAAAAGCCCCCCACCUCACCCCCCGCUCCCAAUAUAAGCCCCCUCCAAAUUUUCUCCAAAUUUAAAUCCAGUACAAUACAAAACGUACUGUGAACAUCACUGCUCUAGCUUGUUUCGAAGCGCUUUUUAUUAGUCCUGUUGUAAGCCCCCUCGGAUACAAGUUCCUCCGUUUAUAAUCCUUAAGAGUGAUCAGCAUGAAAUUUCUCCCUAUAAUAUCAGGGCUUUAGAAAACAGGGUGGUCAUGAGAACUGAGUACAUGAUCAGGGAAGAUGAGUCUCAUUGAUAUUUCAACAAAUUUUCCCCACUACUUCCAUUGAAAAAGUGUAGGGACGGUAAAUGAGAAUCUCAAUUUUGAUAUAUAGGGUUUAAAGGGUUAACCAUUCAUGGAGAUGUAUAAAACCAGGGCUUAUAAGGGCGCAAAUUACGGUACCCUUUUGUUCAAUUUUCCUGACAAGUGUUUUGUUUUCCUCUAGACUCUUGAUGAGUUGUUUGAAGUUAACCAGCUAUACUCCACUAACUGGCAGGUCAGUAAAUAACAAGAGACCUUUUUACCGAUACGGCGGCCAUAUUGAAUUACCUAGUUUUCCUAGAAAAAGAUUGUAGUGGGAAAAAAAGAUCGUUGUGCCGUGUCUGGAUCUAAUAAUGAUCGCCUUUUUCCCUAGAAAUAUACAGUGACGCUCUCUUUUUCCCCGAAAUGUGUAAAUGUAAAUGUAAAUGUAAAUAUCAUAUUAUCCUCCCCACGGGGCUUUUCAGGGAUAAUUUACAACACUAGUUGGGGGACUUUACCAGACUGCUUACGGUGCAGUUUACAAGUAAUGAAAGAAUGAGUAUAAACUGUAACGAUGCCCCCAUACAUGAGUGUGAAAGUGAGACAGACCAUUUGAACCUCAGUGGCUAAUUUUUUUUCAAUGUUUUUUUGCCUUUUUCUCGACCCUCUCUGACUGAAUCGUGCUCAUUCUGGCAUAGAUCUCUUCACCAUGCACAAGUUAGACGACAAAGUUGUCCUUGACCGUCAAAAUUGAAAACGUCAGUCACAAGCUAUAGAAAGGAGGUGGAUCCGCACGGGAGGAGACGGAUGGUUCAGGGGCGAAUGGGUUAAUAUUUUUUCCAGGGGUGGACAUGUAUUGAACUUCUGUGGCUUUUAAAUUCAUAGGUUGUCAACUGCAGCACACCAGCAAAUUUCUUCCACAUUUUACGCCGUCAGAUCGCAUUGAACUUCCGUAAACCUGUAAGUUUUGGCAGUUAGUUUUGUUUUUGUUCUUGUUUUUCUGAGUGUUGCUUAGAGUCAGCCGAACGCAAACAAGCUGAUGAUUUAUAUUCCUACUGACACAACAUAACUGGUUUACGGCCAUAUUUUGCAAAAGACAGGCCACUUUACAGGAGAAAGACGAAAACUGGACCUAUAAAUGGUUGAAAUGUACAUCACUGACCGCUUAAAAUUUUUGCAUGUUUAUCUUAGCUCGUCCUUUUGACACCCAAGAGUCUUCUUCGAUUGGAAGCCGCUAGAUCUCAUGUUGAUGAAAUGGAGGAAGGUAGGGAGUUUUCAUUUGAUUUAAACUUACCAAUAAAAUAUUCACAAUAUCGUGUUGCCUUCAACAAAUCACCUGGUGUCAAACCGAAAUUUCCGAUCGAUAUCGAUCGUCCUUCUUUCAUUCGACCUGAUGCAACGUAAGUGAACUAACUUUCAACAGUUUUGACAUAAGGUGGUUGUUUUUAGAAGCUAGUUAAGGUGAAGUUUCACAAGGAAUAAUUAUUUGCAACUUUGAACUCAAUUUGCCUCAAGAAAAGCGCAGCGACACUUCUAAGUAGCCGGAGUGGAUGUAAUUCACAUCACAAGUCGUUGUUCUCAAUUCACAGGCACUUCUUUCAGACGUGUGAUUCCUGACUCUGGUCCUGCGUCAAACAAUCCUGAAAAAGUCCGCAAGCUCCUUCUUUGUACCGGCAAGAUCUACUAUGAAUUGUUAAAGGUGAGGUGAAACUAAGAUUCUUGACUUGUGGUUUUUCGUUUUGAGACACUUUCUUGCUAAUUAUGAGUUAAACCCUUUAAGAGUGAUCAGCAUGAAAUUUCUCCUUAUUAUGUUAAUGCUUUAGAAAACAGAGUGGUCAUGAGAAGUGAGUACAUGAUCAGGGAAGAUAAGUCUAAUUGAUAUUUUAACAAAUUCUCCCCACUAUUUUUAUUGAAAAAGUAUAGGGACAGGAAAUGAGAAUUACAAUUUUGAUAUUAGGGUUUAAAGGGUUAAACAAAGGCUUUUUUGAGUGGCGCACGUCGACCGGAAUUGAGGCGUUUUCCCUACUGUCUUUGCUCUUAUAGAGACGAUUUGCCCAUAAACUUAGGCGAAACCACAGCCGAAUAUUGCAAAAAGUCCACUUCCGGUUGACUUGCUUCUGGUUGAUUUGGUUUGGUGACGUCACUUCCGGAAUUCCCCGAAGAAAAGCCUGUCAAAUACUUCAACGUUUUUGAUACUUGAGUGUUUGUUGAGCCGGCAGUUAGUGGUCUUGUAGUGUGUGGCUCCAGCGUGACCUUCAACACGAAUUUUUAGGGUAGAAAUGUGUUCAAGUAAUAAUAUUAACCAAAAAAUCGCAAAGUUAUCUACGCAUCAUAAAGGUGCCAAAACCAAAACUUUGGGCAAUGUUGUUCAUUGCCUUGUGUAGGCAAAAUCCUCCGCAUCUUCGGUUGUUCUUUAUGUCUGUUUUUAAUAUCAGGAACGUAACAAGAGAGGACUCGAGGAAGACAUAGCCAUAACUCGCGUUGAGCAGGUAACUUAGAGUAUUUUUCCAAGUUACUAUGGGAUUGACUGCUCUGAAAUUUUUCAAAGGGCAGGUUCAUUUCUAUACCGAUAUACAGUAGAAGGCUGAUUUCAUGAACCUUCGUUCCAGCUUUCAUAACCAUUCUCCUCUAAUUACUAUGCUGGGGGCCGUUUCUCGAAUGUCUAGUAACCUUUUAGGCCCUAAGGCGAGGCAAAACCUAUCGCAUGGUAGCACGGUUCCUAGCUCACAAACCAUUCAAUUUUGUUUUGUUAACUGAUGGUAUCAUUGUAUAAUUUUAAAAACUACUAAAACGUUGAUUUUAAAUGUAAACACGGAAAUAUAAAACGGCUUUCCGGGCCUGAAAAGUUACCGGAACGUUCGAGAAACAGACCCCUGGAACCAAAACUGCAUUCCCUUCCCUGGUCAAAGACUGUUUAUUCCCCCCUACCCCCACGAUUUUGCGAACCUCCGGAUUCCACUGUAAGUUGUGUAUCUUUAGGUUUUUACCUACCACAAUGUCAAAGUCUUGGUAUAUUGUCGUGUGUCUUUCUGUCUCUCUUUUUGCCUGUCUAUGUGUCUGUCAUUCCCUAUUUUUAAUACUGACCGCUGUUGUUUUUAUUACAGAUAAGCCCUUUUCCCUUUGACUUGAUAAACGCUGAGUACCAAAAGUACGACAAUGCAGACAUUGUGUGGGCGCAGGAAGAGCCCAUGAACAUGGGAUAUUGGACUUAUGUCAGUCCUCGACUUGUGACGGCUGUUGGAAACAAGCCUAAGAUCAGGUUUGUAAAAGUCAACAUUCUUGAACCCUCUCGGCUUCUGGUUUUUCUCUUAGGCUGCACAAUCGUGCAGUGUACACAGGACUGAACAGACUGUAGCGAAAGUGAAAAGAGACUUCAAGAUGCCACGACGCUGAUGACUACGAGAACUUCAAAACAACAGUUGUUUGAAUAAGCCAAACAACAACUCUGCACGUGCAUAACGCUUUUUUGUACAUUUCUUUGCCGUCACUGCAUGCACGACUACGACAGAAAAAUGCCUAAUUUCACGUUUGGUGGAGGACGUAAACAAGCGACGGCUAAAUUUUCUUUCUGAACUUGAAUAUGGUUCUUAGGAGUUCGGCUCAAAAAGAAUUCGCUUGCAUUUGACGAAGUUAAUGAGUUGGAGAAAUCGCAAUGAGAUUGAAAGAAGGCAAAUUCACUUUUUAAGCGACGUUUUCGUGGCCGUCGCCGUCGUGGUAUCUUAAACUCCCUAAUAAGUAGGAUAGAAGACUGAAACCUACCCGAGACGAAAGUUAAUAUUCAGGAGUGAGGAUUGGGAUUUAGAGAAACAAACCUUGUCGGCUAACCGCUCCGGCACGAUGUGUGUGAACGACUUGUUCCAGUUUAAUGCCGUUAUUGUUCAUACUAUAGCGGAUAAUGGAGUGUUUUCACUCACGUGGCCAACAUCUAUGCAAGAGAAAGCGUUUGCAUAAGAAAAGAGUUCAACUCCCACAGGAUUGGUUUGGGACACCAACAUGGCCGCCGUUUCAUUGUUUGGGACACCAAUAUGGCCGCCGUGACGUCAUGUGAAAACAUUGUUUUGCGUAAACUUAGACUUAGAAAUACAAAUGCUUUAUUGCGCGGUUCGUGAAUCUGUAAGGGAAAAAAUGAUCCCAUCAUACUUCGCCUUGUGAUUACAGCGGAAUACAGACCGCUAAAUUGACCAUGUCCAGUGCACUUGAAAGACUUGCAAAAUACUUUUUUUGUAUUCAUUAUGCCACAGAACAAAUGCGCUAGUGAGGGAUGCCAUUUUGAUUUUCCUUCCCCUGGCUGAUUAAAAGGAGUUUUAUAAACUAAAUUGUUUGAAAGUGCCCCUUUGAGUUCUUGUAAUUGCCACGCGCUUUCUUAAUAUCUUUAUUCACAUUUCCCACAUUUUCUCUUCAUUUCAUUUUUUACAGCUAUGCUGGUCGCUCGCCAUCGGCGUCAACUGCAACAGGGAACAAACAUCACCACGUCUCCGAACAGGAGGAUUUAAUCAACAAAGCUCUGGAAUAAUUCUUCAAGUUUUAUAAAAACUCAUUAUUGGACUGUUUAACCCAAAGACUGAGAAGACUUUCUGGUUCACAAAGUGAAAAUGAUUAUUACAUCAUUUCCUUAGGUAUUUUUUUUUCUUCGAGCUUUCAAACGUACGUAUUAGGACUUGCGCGCAAGAUCCUGAAUAACAGAUGCAUCAGUAUUGAACUGUGAAAUACAAAGAUGAGAAACUGCAUUUAUUCACAAGACAGCAUAAAAAGCUGAUUACCUUAUAUCAUUUUUUUGCUCCAACACAUACAGUGUAUGCACAAGAUUGGUUUACGGGACCACAUCAAGGAAACUACAAUUGGAAUAUUUGGUUUAUGUUAAAGCGGGCACCGGACAACUGUGUUAUUAAUUGCGUGUUUUCUUUUUCUACCCAACUGAACCGUUUUGAACUGGGGUAGACCAAGAAUCAAAUUAGACUUGAGAUUAGAAAAAUAUUUUUAAAAUAGUGGAACGG